AUGCAUCCACGCGGCGGCUUUGUGCUGUCCGAGAAUCAGGCGUUUGCAGGCCAGACGCGCACACCGGGACCAUCGCGGCUGCAUGCGUCGCCAACGCGAAAGAACAUGACGACGGGCAAGCGCGCCCUGGGACAGUCAUCCAAGCUGUUUGGCCAAGAGGGAGCUGCGAAUGCCAAGCAGCUCUUCCAGGACUCGAAAUCGCCCGUCAAGGCUCUGGGAGACCGCAACGCACUCAAGACGCCAGGAGCUUCGCGACUGGCUGGAGGCAAGCCGGAUGCAUCCAUUCGCAAGGACAAGAACGCUUUCGCGAGCAAGCAAGACUCGACGUCACCCACCAAGAAGGGCGGCUCGGAGCUGAGUCCACGCAAGGCGACCACAUCGAACGCGCUGAGAUCGCUCAAUGGCAAGCAGCGACAGCUAGUCGACCCAAAAACGCCCGCUCCGACGCAGCUCAACGGCAAGGCAAGGGCGGUGAGCCGCCAGAACAGCUUUAUCACGCCGGCGGCCAACGUGGGGCGUGCGGGACAGAUCAAGGCGCGCAUGGGCGAGAUGCUCGACGCCGAGAUGGGACUGUCGCUCAGCAGGGCAGAUGGCGCGGUGGCACCGGUCGCGGAACCGCCGGCGGUGCAGAUGAGCGAGGAAGAGAUGUAUCCCGAGAUCGAAUACAUGCCUCCGAGCGUGUACGCCAAGCAUCCCGUGUUCGAGUUUCCCGACGAGCUCGACGAUCUUCCGCGCGCCAAGCAGCUCGGUGCCCAGCUGUCGUCGUUCACCGCCAUGGCCUUCAGCGAGGGUGGGCCAGCGGACCUGAGCGACGUCGAGUUCUCGCCCAUGCAAGCCAUCGACGGCGAGCUGACGGUGGCACGCGGUGCGGCGGCGGCCAGCGACGAUGACGACGACGAUCCGUGGCCGGACGUGGCGGUGGCAGUGGACGCUGCACCUCGAAAGAUAGCUGCCAAAGCGAGCGCGCCAAGUGUUCGCAGUACGGCCGCUGGUGUACGUCCAAGCGUCGGUGCCAGCGCAAGGCCGACGACGAGCGGGGCCAGAAGCACCACGACGCUAGCGAAGGGAGCUACGCAGCCUGCACGUGGGCUGCAGCGAUCGAUCGCGCCUGCAGCCAACAGCAGCGCGACGCGCCGACCAGGAGUUGGUGCCGCUGCUGCUGCCAAACCGUCGUCAAGCUCUACGGGGCUUUCAGCUGGAAGGGGAGGUGUGCGAGUGGCAGCGCCGGCCUGCAAGAUGGUGCUCAAUCCCGAGCUGAUCGACUUUGUCGACGACGAGCUGGGCAAGCAGACCGAGGCGGCGCUGCGCAAGAUCGACGACGAGGACGACGACGACCUAGCCACUCUGCAGCUGGAUUUGGGAGAGGCCUGA